AUGUCAACUACCCCGCCAGCCUCCUUUCCACCACUUCCACCUCACAGCCUUUCUGCUACAUCAUACGGCGCUCCGAUCAUAGACGACGAUCGCGAGAAACUCGAAUCUGCACCAUCAAUCGACCCGGCGCUUGGAGGAGAGAAGCAAGGCGGUGAUAGCGACGGCGGUGCGACUGAUGGUCGCUACGGUCAACGACCUCAAAGUACGAGACGGAUAAAGAUUGAAGAGCUUCUAUGCAUUGAUGGAGUUCCGCCGCCCCCACCUGCCGCCCCAUCAAUACUCUCCGAUGAAAAUAGGCAAGAACUGAAAACUAUCUACAAUACAGCAUACGCUCCGGGUAUGGAUAAGUUUCUAGACACGCAUUGGUUUUCGGAAAGAGGCUGCGAUCAUCUGAUGGCAAACUCCGUACUGUGUGAUCAAUUUACCAUGCUCAUUCACCGCUAUGCUAUGAAUUCUCAAGAUCCUGUCUUUUCUGCCCAGCUGGCCAUCACUAAAAGCCUCGAGGCCAUGGUGGUUUGGUCGAUGUUAUGUUUGUGCAGGAAAGUUGCGCAAACCACGACGGAAUCUGGUGAAGUCAACGAAGAUGAAGUCAAAGAUGGUGUGGUGGAUGCGGCGAAGCGGCUGGAAAUAUUCGAAGCGCUCAUCACUGGAGACUACAGAUCUGAUGAUUCAGCGCCACAAGGGCCCGACGGCAGUAAACCUAAUGGUUCUGCGUUGCUCGGGCAGUUGAAGUCUAAGGAGUACGAAUUCUGGCGAUCGAUUCACGCUUUCCUCACCAUCAAGCGAGAGAAUGAGAACUCGGCAGAGGCAAUUGAGAGCACGCUGGCAACGACGCGAAGCCUCCUGGAGAACCGCGAAAACCGAGACGUUAUUUACUCUAUGAUGAUAGCACGGCAUUUGGGCGGACAAGUGCCGGGCUUCCCAGACUCCAUGCAGGCCCCUGAGACGAAUGACGAAAAGGAUGUGCAUGCUAAGCUGGCCGUAGCCCGACGGCUGCUGGAAGAAGAGUCGGCUGGUAAGGGAACGAAUCAGGUUGUGCUGCGUCUCUGCGGAGCUGCUUGCAGGAGUUGGUCCGUGAAACGGUGA